AUGGCAGCAAGAGAUGUGACUAGUGGCGCAGACGACGAACUAACUGAAAAUGGGGGGAAUUUACAGAAUAUAUUGGUUGACACUGUUCUCAAUCUGGAAAAGUUGGAGGUGAAUCUUUAUAGAAGCAGUAAUCAUUGGAAACCAUUGCUGAAUACACAUAGAAUAUUUGGGGGUCAAGUAGUGGGUCAGGCAUUAGUUGCAGCUGGCAAAACCAUUGAUGAACAACUUCAUGCCCAUUCAUUGCAUGCAUAUUUUGUAAGGUCAGGUCAGAAUAAGAAACCAGUUGUUUAUCAAGUAGAAAGAACCCGUGAUGGAAACAGUUUUGCAACUAGGACUAUAAAAGCGAUACAGAAUGGUGAAUCUAUAUUAUCAAUGCAGGUAUCCUUUACUAAGGCAGAAUAUUCAAAGUUUCAACACCAGUAUAAAAUGCCAGAAGUUCCAUUACCAGAAGAGUUACAGAGUGAAGUUGAACUCACUCAAAAACACCUUGAUGAAAAUUCUCAUUUAUUCCCAGACAGAUUAAUAGAGUAUAUACGUAAACGUCAGGCUCGCGAAAUACCGCUAGAGGUAAAACCAGUUUCACCUCCAUUACCAAUAAUGUUUCAAUUCAUGUAUGGUGACACAGAUUAUCCCAGAAGAAUGAUGUGGAUGAAAAGUAAAGGCAUUAUAGGUGAUGAUGAGCAUUUAAAUCGGUGUACAGUUGCCUAUAUGUCAGAUAUGAUGCUGGCAAGUACAUCCUGGCUGUCUAAGCCACAAACCAAUAUAUCUAUGAUGACAUCAUUAGACCAUUCCAUGUGGUUCCACUCACCAUUCAGAGCUGAUCAGUGGCUGUUGUAUGAAUGUGAAUCACCUCAUACAGGUAAUGGACGUGGUUUCAAUCUAGGUCGUAUAUGGACUCAAGAAGGUACAUUAGCCGUGUCAGUAGCGCAGGAAUGUGUCAUAAGAAGUGAACCCAAAUCUAAACUAUGAGAGUCACUUUUUCAAAAUGUGGACAAUGUAUAAAUGUGAAUAUAACAAAUAAUUUUGUGGGGAACAUUCAAAUUUAGUGCAAAUAACAAAGUACUUAAUAUGUUGUACGAGACCGAGAUCCAAUGCACACGUCUUUAGUCUAAUGACCAUCUCUGUUGAAGCUGAAGACAUAAGUUUAAAUCUGUAUUUACCAACU